AUGUUGGCGCACCCUUCACCUGAUCUGAUUGCCUCCAAUGCCAGGACCCGGGCAAAUAAUUUGGCCUGCGUCGAGCUUUCCACGGGUUUGCGAUGGAGCUAUGGAGAGCUCGACACUGAUGUACAACGCGCAGUGACCAUUCUUCGCAGUGUCGAGGGCGUUCGAGCUGGCGACCGCGUGGCUGUUCUCGACCAGAACAGCGUAUAUCAGCUCAUCAUCCACCAGGCAUUGCUGAGAAUAGGAGCCAUUUUCGUGCCCGUCAACUGGCGACUCUCCUCACCCGAGAUCGCGCGCAUCCUGGAAGACUGCUCGCCAGUCCUCUUCUACAGCCGAGAUACGCACGUCCGAUGCCAGCAAGCCCGACAGCGAUGCAGAAGCUUCAGCUCCUUCACCAAAGCUCUCCAAGCUUCUCCGCCCGCACCCCCGAUACCAAUCUCGCCUGCUUUUUAUGACAAGACAGGCACCAUCCUCUACACCUCCGGCACUUCCGGCUCGCCAAAAGGGGUUAUGCUGACGCCGCGUUGUCUCCUGGCCACGGCGACAAACUAUGCCUACCUGGGCGAGGUCUCCACCGGCUGCGUCUUCCUCUGCGACUGCCCCAUGUACCACAUCAUCGGCCUGGUCGUGCAGGUCUGGGCGCCGCUCCUGCGCGGCGGGACGCUGCUCGUCAGCCCGGGGUUCGACGCCGCGCAGACCAACCGCCGCCUCGCGGACCAGGACCUGGGCGUCACGCACUACUUCUGCGUCCCGCAGAUGGCGACGAUGCUGCGGUACGCGGAAGGGUUCGCGCCGGAGAAGUGGACCGCCCUGAAGGCCCUGUUCACGGGGGGCGCGCCGAACCCGCCCGCGAACAUCCUGUGGUGGCUGGACAGGGGGGUCAAGAUGGUCGACGGGUACGGCAUGACCGAGGCCGCGACGACGGUCGGCAUGCCGCUCGACGGGGUCGUCAUCCGCGCCAAGGCCGGGUCGGCGGGGACGCUGGCGCCGCAGGCCCGGGUGCGCAUCGUGGACCUCCUCUCGGACGGCGGCGGCGCCGACGGCGGCUGUCGGGACGUGCCGGACGGCGAGGCCGGGGAGAUCCUCGUCCGGGGCCCGCACGUCACGCCGGGCUACUGGAAUCGGCCCGCGGAGACGGCCGCGGCCUUCACCGAGGACGGGUGGCUGCGGACCGGCGACAUCGCGCGGCGGGACGGGGACGGGUUCGUCUUUAUCCUCGACAGGCGGAAGGACAUGUACAUCAGGGGCGGUGAGAACGUGUACUCCGCCGAGGUCGAGGCGGUGCUGAUCGCGCACCCCGACGUCCAGGACGUGGCUGUCGUUGGCGUGCCUGAUGAGCAGUGGGGGGAGAGCGGCCGGGCGUAUGUCGUGCUCGAGCCGGGAGGGAGAAUCGAUGGCGAGGAGCUGCGGCUGUACUGCGAUGGGCAGAUUGCGCGGUACAAGAUACCCAAGGAGGUCAAGUUUGUCGAGGCGCUGCCCCGGACGCCGUCGGGCAAGGUCAUGAAGCACUUGCUCAGGGGCGGGAUGACCGGACGGCGGGUGCCAGUGAAUCGCCCCGGCAGGGGGUCUGCGAACGAACUGGCUGGUGGGACUGCCAAUGGCUGCGGAAUUCUGAAUGGUGUGUAG